AUGGUUUCAAAAACAUUUCAAGUCACUCUUUUGCAACCUCGAUCUCUCUCCCCACCUCCAUCCCGGUCCCCUUCCCACACAAAAUACUAUUCACAAACUCAAGGGGGGUUCGGGAAAAGGGUGAGAGAGAGAAGACAGAAUGGCCGCUGGAGCAGCAGAGAGGAUGCUUCGAUGUGUGUUUGAUGGAUGCUUAUCAAUGCAGGACGAGGAGAUUGAGCGGAGGCCGUACCAUCGCAACUGCAGCUGCGCAAUGCAUAAGUUGAAAGGUGCUUCCUCUAGUGCUUGUUUUCAUCAAAGGAAAAUCUCAUUUCCAAAGAAGCAUUCACGGACAGAGAAUUCUUUGUUCAUAGCAGCUUCCAAAUCCUCUUACGGCUCCGUUAGAAGAAAAGAAGAUAGGAACUACUGCCCAACCCUGAGUGUUUUUUCACGGAGUUAAGAGCACAGAUUUCUUCUAUCGUCAAGGAUCAACUCUUUUUAUUCUUCUGAGUUCUUUUGUAAACAGUCUGUCCCGUUUCUUUUUUCUCUUCUACCUAAAGGAAAAAGUAUCUGCAAAUUUGUUUUGUUAUUUCUCAGUGACAGCUUAAUACAACGCGGUACUUCUGUAUUUCUUGGAUGAAGACAUGGGGGGACAGAGUCCUACAUUCGAUCACAUACUGUCGGAAAUACGAUUACAAUGUGUUUGUGUGGGUUCAGACCCCGAUUCUUGCUGAGUUGCAUCCAUUGAAAUGCCCAUAGGAGGUUUUUAGCAAUUACUCUGUGCACAUAGAUAAAUAACUGUGUGCAAGUAAAUAGAUGCAGACAUUAGAGAGAGGUGCUGAUUAGUAAGCUACAUGAAGUUCAGGUAGAUAGACGGAAGUAACAGCCUGGUGCGUGCUACAUCCCAUGAGCAAGACUAGAACAGGGCACCCUCUUCCUUAAGGAGACUAUUCUGCAAUGUUCAUUUAUAUCAUAUUCUGAGUGUCCAUGUAUACAUGCUGAGAGAAGUAAAAAGUCAAUCAACUUGGGGAUCUAAAGAAGAUUAUUCUGCAUGAUUAAUUUACGAAAGUCAGAAAAUUUUCACUCCAAGAUGACCUAUGUAACACCAAUAAUCUUGCGACUCCUCAGUAGCUAGGUAUGAAUCAUUGCCUGCAUGAUUCACUGGGGAUAUAACAUGGCAUGAAGUAGUACUUUGUUCCAGAUGAAAAGUCAGAGAGGCCACCAAAUACCAUUCAAUGAUAUAGAAAAACAAGUGAAUCAUAACCAAAACCAUUUAUUUACAGCUGAGAGCCGUACGUUCAAACAUACAUAUCCAUAUAUAAAUUCGUACCCCCUUUUUCCUUUCUUUUCCUCCAAACAGAUCCUCUCCUAUCCAAAUGUUUUUAACAAGUAUAGACCCCACAGUCUCUAUCCGUCUUUCCUCUCGCCCCCUCUCUCAACGUCACCCUCGCUCUCCGAUCCAUAGGCUGAAAAGUGAACAUGUUCACUGCAUCAUGGCCCGCUCUCUAACACUCCAUUAUCCCCAACCCAUCCUCUCCCAGACCCACCACCACAAACACCAACCUCCGCUCCACCUCAAUCCCAAAAUCCCACUCACCCGCCGCUCCCUUCUUCUCCUCUCCUCUUCUUCGCUCUCAAUCGCCACCACUCCACCACCUGCCUCUCCUGCAACCAUUCUACCACCACCACCACCGCUAGACACCACCAUCACUGACCGGGUCUUCAUGGACUUCAGCCUCUGCCCCACCACAACCUUUCCCUCCGGUACCGACUCCUCCAACGCCCCACUCUGCUCCGAGUCCAUCCCGUUAGGCCGCGUUAUCCUCGGCCUCUAUGGCCACCUCGUCCCCAUCACCGUCACCAAUUUCAAGUCCAUGUGUUCUCCCACCUCCUCCUCCUACAAGAACACCCUUGUCCACAAAAUCUUCCCCGGCCAAUUCUUCCUUGCCGGUCGCCAAGGCCGCCGCGACAAAGCCGAGGUUCGCCCUCCCCUUGACUUGCCUCGUAACACCGAAACCAUCGACUCCAAGGCCUUCAUGCUCACGCAUUCCCGUGCAGGCGUUGUUUCGCUGUGUUUGUCUGAGAAUGAUGACGAGGAUGAAAUCAAGCUCGACCCCAACUAUCGGAAUGUGGAGUUCUUGAUCACCACCGGACCUGGGCCGUGCCCUCAACUCGAUAGCAAGAACAUUAUUUUCGGAACAGUGCUUGAAGGUUUGGAUGUCGUGGCAGCCAUAGCAUCCAUCCCCACAUACAAACCAGGUGAACGGAUUCGUCAAUUCAAUGACUUGGCUGAAUUUUUUGGAGAUGAAAGAGCCCAAAAUGCUCGCUCAAUAUGGAACAGGCCUCUUAAAACUGUAUAUAUCAGUGACUGUGGAGAGCUCAAAGUGGCUAAACCUCCCCUUUCUCCUAGUCUACCUUAAUCUCACUAGUCACUGAUUCAAGGUCCUUCUCGUAUCCACUUGUCUAUUUUUCUUGUACUGCCCGCUUCCUAUCAUCCUUUUUUUUCAAAAAAGGAGAGAGCACAGUUUAAUAUUCUUUAAUUUUCUGGAUGCAACUCAUUUACAGAGCCUAUUGAAUGUAUAUGUUCAACAAAGUGCAAUUGUGCACAAACAUCUUUUCACCUGCAAUCUGAUGCUGUGUGCAUUAGCAGUUUCUUUUU